UGCCAGCUAGGAAUCAAACCGAAAGUGCUCAGUGCUCCGGCUGGAAGUGGGCCGGGAGUCUGGGCUCCCAGGAGUGGGGAACACAAGCUCUCCCCGGCACCGAGAUCCCAGAGGCAGAUUCCAGCCCCCAUCAGUGCCCACCGACACCGGGCUGGGUGGGGGCAGGUGGGCAGGGUCUGCCGCACCCAUGGGGGGGCAGGACAGGGCCUCAGGCCUGGGUGCUGCCUAGCACCUGGAAAAUGCCCGUGCCCUGGUUCCUGCUGUCCUUGGCACUGGGCCGAAGCCCGGGGGCUGUGGCUCUGGAGAGGCUUGUGGGGUCUCAGGACACAGCCCGCUGUUCUCCGGGCCUCUCAUGCCACCUCUGGGGUGGCGAUGUGCUCUGCCUGCCGGGGAGCGUGGAGCGGACGCCGGGCCCGGUGCUGGAGCCCGCGCACCUGCGCACCGAGCCGGUGCUGCGGUGCCGCGGGGACACCGACUGUGCCCUCUGCGUGCGCGUGGCCGUGCGCCUGGCCGUGCGUGGGCACCGGCAGGAACCUGACGAUGAGGAAGAAUCUGGAGGAGCCCCUGGCGUGGAGCCCGGGGAGUCUAGGAACGCCCCUCUCCAGGCCCACGUGGUGCUCUCCUUCCAGUCCUACCCCACGGCCCGCUGCGUCCUGCUGGAGGUGCGCGUGCCCGCCGCCCUGGCCCGGGCUGGCCGGUCCGUGGGCUCUGUAGUGUUUGACUGCUUUGAGGCCGCGCUGGGGGCUGAGGUGCGAAUCUGGUCCUACACUCAGCCCAGGUACCAAAAGGAGCUCAACCUCACACAGCAGCUGCCCGACUGCAGGGGUCUUCAAGUCCGCGACAGCAUCCAGAGCUGCAGGGCCCUGCCCUGGCUGCAGGUGGCUGCGGACCGCGAGGACGUGCGCCUGGUGCUGGACGUCUCUGAGGAGCAGCGCUUUGGCAUCUUACUGUACUGGAAUCAGGGCCAGGGGGCUUCCAAGCCCCGGUGGCAUAGCAACCUGACCGGGCCUCAGAAUAUCACUGUGAGCCAUGCAGACCUGGUUCCCUGCCUCUGCAUCCAGGUGUGGCCCUCGGAGCCCGACUCUGUCAGAACCAGCUUCUGCCCCUUCAGCAAAGACCCCCGGGCGCUGGGCAACCUCUGGCGCUCGGCCCGUCUCCGCCUGCUGCCCCCGGGGAGCUGGAAGCUGGAGGCGCCGUGUUCGCUGCAGGCCGAGGUGGUGCUGUGUUGGCAGGCACCGGGCGGGGGCCCCUGCCGGCCACUGGUCCCUCCCAUGCCCCGGGAGAAUGUCACUGCGAAUAGGAUCCACGAGUUCCCGUUGCUGAAGGGCCACCCCAACCUCUGUGUCCAGGUGAGCGACUGGGGGAAGCUGCAACUCCAGGAAUGCCCGUGGGCUGACUCCCUAGGGCCCCUCAGGGACGAUGUGCUACUGGUGGAGACCCGAGGCCCACAGGACAGCAGGGCACUCUGUGCUUUGGAACCCCAUGGCUGUACCCCACUGCCUAGCAGCGCCUCCACGAGGGCGGCUCGCCUUGGGGAGCAGUUGCUGCAAGACUUGCAUUCAGGCCAGUGUCCGCAGUUGUGGGAUGAUGAGCUGGGAGCACUGUGGGCCUGCCCCAUGGACAAAUACAUCCACAGGCCCUGGGCCCUGGUGUGGCUGCUCUGCCUGCUCUUUGCUGCUGUGCUUUUCCUCCUCCUCCUCCUCCUCCUCCGAAAGGGCCCUGUGAAAGCGGCCCCCGGGGGCCGCGCUGCCCUGCUCCUCCACGCGGCGGACGGCGCGGGCUUCGAGCGCGCGGUGGGCGCGCUGGCCUCGGCGCUGUGCCGGCUGCCGCUGCGCGUGGCCGUGGACCUGUGGAGCCGCCGGGAGCUGAGCGCGCAGGGCCCCCUGGCCUGGUUCCACGCGCAGCGGCGCCAGACCCUGCAGGAGGGCGGCGUGGUGGUGCUGCUCUUCUCGCCGGGGGCCGUGGCGCUGUGCCGCGAGUGGCUGCAGGAUGGGGCGGGGGCCCCCGAGGCCCGCGGCCCCCACGACGCCUUCGCCGCCUCGCUCAACUGCGUGCUGCCCGACUUCCGGCAAGGCCGGGCUCCCGGCCGCUACGUCGUGGCCUGCUUCGACGGACUGCUGCGCCCGGACGCCGUGCCCGCCCCGUUCCGCGCCGUGCCCGUCUUCUCCCUGCCCUCCCAGCUGCCCGGCUUCCUGCGCUCCCUGCAGGGGCCCGGCGCCUCCCGCUCCGGGCGGCUCGCGGAGAGGGCACAGCAGGUGGCCCGGGCCCUUCAGCCCGCCCUGGACAGCUGCCUCCGGCCCCCAGGAGCCCCCGGGAGGGAGGCGGCACCCGAAUAAAGCACAGCUGUCUUUGCAUCACGGCGGCCCCGCGGAGUCUCUCCGGCCCAACCCUCGGCCCUCCAGCCCCGGGCCCUUUAAAGCCGCAGCCGGCGUAGGCCGGCCUUGUCUCUAAUUGGCUAGGGCGGGGUGACGUCACGGCGCACGGCCAGCCACCAUUGGCUGCGGGUGGGCCCCGCCCCGGCCAGCU